CGGACCAACGGUCCAAAUCCUCUCUGCGCCACGAAAAAAUCCCUUCGCCUCCCGUGCUCGGGGUUCGGAUCCAAAUCGCGCGAGCCCACAAAUCGAGCACGCGAAGCCCUCGCCGGCGCCGGCGAUGGCCUCCGCCCUCCUCGCCGGCCGGAGCGGAGCCCACCAACACAACAAUUGGGGAGAGACUCGCGCCCCGCUCGCGCCCGUACCCCCCAACCCUAACCCCAACCACCCCCUCCCACGCGUCGACGGGUCGAAGCCGCCGUCGAUGACCUCGCCGCCAGGCAGCUACGUGACCUUCCGGCUGGCGUCCCUGGGCCACCACGAGGCCCGCGCACUCCGGGAUCGCCUCGCCGGCGAGCUCGGCCAGGUCCGCGCCCUUCUCUCCCGCAUCGACACGUGGCAGCAGCAGCUGAGCCUGCCGAAGCGCCAUGGGUCGCCGCGCCGAGACCUCCCCCCGCCUCCGGCGAAGCUGCGGGGAGCGAUGCGGAAGCGGUGUGGGCAGAUCCUGACGAAGCUGCGGAAGGACAAGCGGAGCGUGUGGUUCAACGCCCCUGUGGAGGUCGAGCGCCUCGGGCUCCACGACUACCACACCGUCAUCAAGAGCCCCAUGGAUCUCGGCACGGUGAAGGAGACCCUCGCCGCCGGGAGGUACCCCUCGCACGACGCCUUCGCCGCCGACGUGCGGCUCACGUUCUCCAACGCGCUGCGGUACAACCCGGCCGGGCACGAGGUCCACACCUUCGCCGGCGCCCUCCUCGCGUCCUUCGAGAAGAUGUACAAUGCGGCGGUCUCUUGGUUCGAGGAAGAGUGCAAGCGCCUUGAGCCGCCGAGGCCUGUACCAGCGGAAUUGCCACCGCCGACAGUUGAGACAAAGGUGAAGCCGAGGACUGGGAACGUGAAGAUGCGGAAACCGAAGGCGAGAGAGCCUAACAAGAGGGAGAUGAGCCUCGAGGAGAAGAACAUGCUGAGGCUGGGGCUAGAGAGCUUGCCCGAAGAGAAGAUGCAUAAUGUGCUGCAGAUUGUGCGGAAGAGGAACGGCAAUCCAGAGAUGCUUGGGGAUGAGAUUGAGCUGGAUAUUGAUGAGAUGGAUGUUGAGACGCAGUGGGAGCUUGAUCGAUUUGUCACCAACUUCAACAAAGUGCUCAAGAAAAGUCAACGGGCUGCAAUGACGAAUGGCGGCAUUGCUGAUGUAACCAGGGCAGUUGUGGCUGAGGAUGGUAUUGUGCCAGUGAAUGGCGGUGUACCUGCAUUGGUCGACAAUGAUGAUGUGUUGAGUGAGAACCCUGUGAAGAGUACCACAAUGGCCGAGCAGGUGGAUGAGUAUGUAGAUAUUGGGGAUGAGAUGCCAACGGCAACUUACCAAUCAAUGGAGAUUGAGAAGGAUGCUGAGGUUGCGAGUGGCUCUGGUGGUUCCGGCAGUGGCUCAUCUUCUUCGAGUGGUUCUGAGUCGGGGAGCUCAGGGGACAGUGCCUCAGGAGCUGGCAAUGCUCAUUCCUUGGCGUAGGGGAGGCCGUUUUAACAGUAGGAUUUGAGUAUUUGGAUGAUGUGUGUUCUUGGUCUUGGGUGAUUUGUUUAGAGCUAGAGGAAGAUUUAAGUAUUCUGUAAGUUGUUUCUGAGAUGUGGGUGUCUGCUUGGGUUUCGUCAACGCAGUUAGUAGAUAACAAACUGGCUUUGUGGGUAAUCUGAUAGCACAGCCGAACCAUGUAUAUAUAAGGUGAAGGCGAAAGGUACUGGGGCGUUUAUAGUAGUUGAUCCGGCCGUCUGAUAUGAAGGUGGCUUGGGCUAGUGUAUGUGUUCUUUGUAGUACAGUUGUUCUGGUGCAACUUUCUUAUGUAAUUGAUGAGUUGUGCAUGGCAUUAAGUAUGGUAUUAUAAGUAACAAUGCAAUAUAUUUGUUUGGCGAUGA